AUGGAGCUCCGUGAUUGGCUGGAAUCCUCGGGACUGGGCUCCACGGAUCUCCUAGGCUCGUUGACCCGCGCCAUGGAUUCCGAACCUGCAGGCGAGGCUCGGUCGUCCCUGGCCUUGCUUGCGUCUAAUCUGAGCCCUCCUGGUCUGCCUGAGGCACUCCUGGUGGCGUGUGAAGGAUGCUCGGGGCAACCGGACUUGGCGUGCGGCGAGGCGGUGUGGGUGCUGGGAGUGCGAUACGCAGAGUGGGAGGACGAGGAGGUGGGGCGAGAGGAGGCGCAGGAGGGGGGUGGGGAAGGGGAGGGGGAGGCGAGGAGAGGGGAGGGGGAGGCGAGGAGAGGGGAGGGGGCUGAGGGGAGGAGAGAGGGGGGAAGGGGUGAGGGGAGUGGAGCAAGGGAAGGCGGGGAUGUGGUGAAUGACGUGGAUGAGGGUAGAGACGGAGGGAGGGUUGAUGGGAGGGAUAAAGGGCGGGAAGGAGGUGGAGGUUUGGCGAGGGAGGAAGGGCGAGAGGGUGUGAGGGAGAAGGAAAAUGAGCGGGAUAAGGGUGGUCGGAGGGAGGAAGGUGGGGAACAAGAGGGGUUAGAGGAGAGGAGCAGUGGAGAGAGAAGUGAGGUAGUGGAGGAAGGGAGGAGUGGGGGGGCACGGGAGGAGGGGAGGAGUGGGGGGGCACGGGAGGAGGGGAGGAGUGGGGGGGCACGGGAGGAGGGGAGGAGUGGGGGGGCAGGGGAGGAGGGGAGGAGUGGGGGGGCAGGGGAGGAGGGGAGGAGUGGGGGCUCGUGGGAGGACCUGGUGGUGGACGUGCAGUCAAGGCUAUGGAUGACGUACCGCUGGGGCUUCCCCCCUCUGCCCUGCACUGCUGCUGCUGCUGAUGGCGCUGCUGCUGCUGCUGGUGUUGGUGGCGCUGCCGCUGCUGCUGGCGCCUGUGCUGGCGGUGGUGGUGCUGCUACUGGUGCUGGUGCUGCUACUGGCGGUGGUGGUGGUGCUACUGGUGGUGGUGCUACUGGUGGUGGUGGUGGUGGUCCUGGCUUCACCACGGACACGGGGUGGGGCUGCAUGUUCCGCACCGGCCAGAUGAUGCUCGCUCAGGUAACGUCUCGCUCUGGAGCUGGCACAGAUGGUGCCACUGGUGGUGGUGCUGGCGCAGUCUUUACCGCGAACACAGGAUUUGGCUGCAUGUUCCGCACCGGCCAGAUGCUGCUCGCACAGGCCAGAUGCUGCUCGCACAGCCGUGAGUCCUGGAGACAUCUUAUAGGCUGUUGUCCCUCUGUUUUGUUCCUUCCUACCUUCCCUGCACCCUCCCUCCCAGGCCCGGCUGUGCCACCUGCUGGGCCGCCAGUGGAGACGACUUGGAAGCGACUCAGAAGCGACUCAGAAGCUAUUGUCUCCUCCUCCUCCACCAUCUUUGAAACUCUCAGAAAUCGUUCUUCUUUCUCCUUUCUCCGAGCUGUGCAGGCCCUGCUGUGCCACCGCCUGGGCCGCCGGUGGAGACGACAGGCUGGCAGGGAGGAGCAGGUGGGGGGGGUUGGUGGGGAGGGGGAGAGGGCUGCUGGGGAGGGAGAGGUGAGGGGGCAGUGGGGAGGCGGAGAUGGGAGGGGUGAUGGGGAUGGGGAGGUGAGCGGAGGGGUGGUUGAGAGGCUCGGCGUCAAGGCUGGGGCGUGGCUCGGGCCGUACCGGCUGUGCGUCACGCUCGGGAGCUUGGUUCGGGAGAUGGAGAAGGGGGGAGGGGAGAGUGGUGUGGGUGAGGUGGAGACGGGGAGAGGAGAAGAAGGGGAGGACAGUGAAAGGGAGGAAAAGAAUGGGGAUGCAGGGAUGGUGAGAAAACCAAGAGCGGGAAGAGACUGUGGUGAGGGGCAAGAAAACGGCGAGGAGGCUGGCGACUUGACACGGAGCAAGGAAGGAAGACUUUGGGGCAAGGAGGGGUCGCUAUGGGGCAAGGCGGGGCCGCUAUGGGGCAUGCGCGUGCAUGUGGUGGGGGCGCACCCUGGGGGGGAGGGAGGGGGAGGUGCGCCCAUGCUGUGUGUGGACGAGGUGAUGGCUCUGUGUGGCGGGGGAGGAGGAGGGGGAGGAGGGGAGGUGAGGAAGGGAGGGGGGAGGGAUGCAGAAGGUGGGGAAGCAUUGGAGGAACAAUGGGGGGAGAGGGACGGGGAGAGGGAAGGGGAGAGGGGAGAUGAGGAACGAGGCGAGGCGAGCGCAUGGCGGGCGGUGCUGAUCCUGGUGCCGUUGGUUCUCGGUGUCGACCAUAUGGACGCCCGCUACCAGGAGGCACUGCGCCGCACAUUCACCUUCCCCCAGAGCGUGGGCAUUGCGGGAGGCAAGCCGCACACGUCGCUCUACUUCAUCGGCACACACCAGAAUGAUGUGCUGUUUCUGGACCCGCACUACCCACAGCAGCGGAUUGAACAGCUUGCACGAUUGUCAGAAGGUGCGCCACUCCUCACUGUGGGCAACAGGGCCGAUUUGGCGAGCUAUGCGGUGAAGGAGGUGCCUGAGAUGGACAGCUCGUCUUUGGGAGAUUCAUGGGAAGAUAAUGAUUCCGACAUUGCCAUUGGCAGUUUUCCUUCUAACGAGCUUGAGACUCCCCGUCUCUUGUUCCGACUGUUGCGCCGUUUACGCACCCUUCCGUCCACCAAUCAGCUCGCAGCGUCCGUGCUGCCGCCGCCCUGCCACGUGUCCAAGUUCGCAUACGCGCCCUUCGAAGCCGCCAGCCAGCAGCUCUUUUCCGCGCAGCCGCGUUCUUCGCAAGCCGCGAACUCGUUACAAGCUCCUGAUUCGUUACAAGCAGCCUUCAAGCGCCCGUCGGCACCCGUCAGCAACAGCAGCGGGCCCCGCGCUUCCAUUCCCGCGCGUACCAGAGACUCCUUGUCUGGAAGCUUCCACGAAGCCGCGCCUCCAGCGUUCCAAGCCGCGUGCGCAACACACUCCGUCGGCGGGCCUUCCUCCGGUUCCGACCGUUCCGCCCCGUCUCCCGUUGCGAGCGCAGCAGGGGGGAUAUCCGCGCUGCCGCGCGCCAUGGGCGGAACUCCCUUCCCGCCGCAUGCAUCAGGCGCAUCCGGAAGCUCCGGCGGAUUUCCAGGAUUCCCAAACCCCGCCGCGGGCUCAAUUGCGGACGGAAUCGGGGGAGGAGGAGCUGGCGGGUUGGCGGACGAGAGGGCGGAAGGUAUGGCGGGGGCAAUGGCGGGCGGAGGUGUGCGGAUCCCCGGAAGCUCGUCUCCGCGGGAUGAGGCUGCGGAGAGCGCCUUCUGGGCGUGGCGCCACCACUCGCGCACCUCCCCCGGCCCCCCUGCUUCCGCCUCCGCCUCCCCCUUCGCUGUUCCUGGCGCCCCUUCCCCGUUCGCCCCCUCUGCGUUUCCUUCCGCCGUGGGUCCCCCUCUGCCUGUCCCCUUUGCCGCGGCUCCCCCCGAUGCCGCUGCAGCAGCCGCGGCUGCCAUGCUUGCGGUUACGGGUGGCGGAAAGACUGUGGCGGGAGGUUGGGGGGGAGUAGCGGGGGGGAAUAAAGCGAGGGCAGAGGAGCAGGAGAAGGAGCAGAGGCAGGAGUUGAGGAAAGCGGCUGGGAUAAGCGGAGUGGGGAGGGACGCAGCAGUAGGAGGAAGGGAUGUGAGCGGAGCAGUGAGGGCGGAUCGAGGAGCAAUGGGGGAAGGUUGCGAGAGGACAGGAGCAAGGGGAGAAGCGAGGGGCAAAAGAGGAGUGAGUGAAGGAGUGAGGGCGUGUGACGUGGUGGCCGUGGUGGGCCAGCGGGAGUUUUGGCGCCUGCAGCAGGGCAUGCAGAGGCAUGAGCGCAUAGUGCGAGCACAGCUGCUGGACCUGCAUUCACUCAUCAUAGUACAGCAAGAACUCUUCCAAGCAGACCGCCCCCCCUCCCCCGAGCCCUCCGCCACCAGCGCCCCCCUCCCCUCCGCCCCCCUCUCCCCCGCGCCCUUCCCCCCCGCCUCCUUCCCCUCCGCCCCCCUCUCCCCUGCGCCUCUCCAGCCCCUCCGCCCUUCCCAACCUCCCUUCCGCGCCUCCCCAGCUGCGCCGCACACCUGUGUCGAGGCUGAGUCGCAGGCUCGGGGAUUUCCAGGGCAAGUGGUUCGGACGGAUACGGAAGGGUUCUCUGCUGCGAUUGGUGAAGGAGGGGUUAUGGGGGGAGAGGAGCGGGAAAAUGAGGAGAGGGUGAGGGAUGGUACUGCUGGUGCUGCAGUUGGCUAUGCGGACAAGGCAAGGAGGAAGAGAAGAAGGCAGGAGGAGGGUAUGGGGGAGGGUAUGGGAGAGGAUAAUGGGGAUGAUAGGGGAAGGGGGGAGGAGCAUUGGGGGGAGUGGCAAGCGAGCCCCAGAGCAGCGUCCGUUGCCGCCCCUGCUCUGUCGCGCUCCCCUCGGGUGCACUCACAGUACACUCAGCACAAGCAGCACACCGAUUAUGUGGUGCAGAAGCGGCAGGAGCAGCAGAAAGUGCGCCACGAAGCAGAGAAUCUGGAGGAGCCUGCAGCAUCCAGCUCGCCCCAUCGCCCCACACAUGUUCGGCAGCUGGUGCAAGUGGGCGGGUCGCCGGUUUAUAAGAUGGAGCGGAAGCUGGGGAAGGGCGGAUUCGGGCAGGUGUACGUGGGAAGGCGCGUCAGCGGCGGCAACGAGCGGGUUGGGCCCAACGCCGUGGAGGUGGCAUUGAAGCUGGAGCAUCGGAGCAGCAAGGGGUGCAACUACGGCCCCCCCUACGAGUGGCAGGUGUACACGUGCGUGUGCUGCCCUGUAGCACUAGCUUGUACUCGAUCGACGUUGGGCGGCAGCCAUGGCGUGCCCAGAGUGCACUUCAAGGGGCGGCAGGGCGACUACUACAUCAUGGUCAUGGAUCUGCUGGGGCCGAGCCUGUGGGACGUGUGGAACAACCACAACCAAGCCAUGUCAACGGAGAUGGUGGCGUGCAUAGCAGCGGAGGCCCUCUCAAUAUUGGAGAAGGUGCACGAGCGAGGCUACGUGCAUGGAGACGUGAAGCCGGAGAACUUUCUUCUCGGGCAGCCCGGGACUUCCGAGGAAAAGAAGCUGUACCUGGUUGACCUGGGUUUAGCAACGAGGUGGAGGGACAGCAACACGGGGCAGCACGUGGAGUAUGACCAACGACCAGACAUCUUCAGGGGCACGGUGCGCUAUGCAGGCGUCCACGCACACCUGGGGCGCACGGGCAGUCGCAGGGAUGACUUAGAGUCACUGGCAUACACACUCGUCUUCCUGCUGCGAGGAAGACUGCCCUGGCAGGGCUACCAGGGCGACAACAAGGGUUUCUUAGUGUGCAAGAAGAAGAUGAGCACGUCGCCCGAGAUGCUCUGCUGCUUCUGUCCGCCGCCCUUCAAGCUCUUCCUCGAGUACGUCGUCAGCCUCAAGUUCGAUGAGCGCCCCGACUACGCCAAGUGCGCCGCCAUGUUCGACCCCAUCCUCUCCCCCAACCCAGCACUACUGCCUCUCAACACAGAGGGAGCACGCUCUCUCAAGGUGCAGGUGGGGCAGAAGAGGGGGCGGGGCGAGGGGGGCGAGGAGGAGGCGGAGGAGGAUCAGCUGAGGAAGAAGAUCCGCCUCGGCAUGCCGGCCACCCAGUGGAUCUCUGUUUACAGCGCCAGACGGCCUAUGAAGCAGAGGUACCAUUACAAUGUGGCGGACUUGCGUCUAGCGCAGCACGUGGAGAGGGGCAAGGAGGAUGGGUUGCACAUGAGCACGGACUCGCGCCUGGCACAGCACGUGGAGAAGGGCAACGAGGACGGGCUGCACAUCAGCAGCGUGGCGUCGUGUCAGAACCUCUGGGCGCUCAUCAUGGACGCGGGCACCAACUUCACAGCGCAGGUCUACGACCUCUCGCACGUGUUCCUGCCCAAGGUAAGUGCUUUGUCUCUGGCCAAGGUGAGUGCGUUUCCCAAGGCGAGGAGUGGAUCAUGGAGCAGUGGGGAGAGGAACUUCUACAUCACAGCAGUGGCGGGCGCCAGCAACGGCAACUCCCUCGUUGUCAUGUCCAAAGGUGCUUUUCCACUUGCUCCAUCUUUCAGUGCUCUACAGUGCCCCCUCUCUCUCCCUUGCCGCCUUCCUCCUUCCCACCCCCUCCCAGGCAUGCCAUACACGCAGCAGUGGUACAAGGUCAGCGACAGCUUUCCGUUCAAGUGGAUCAACAACAAGUGGCGCGAGGGCUUCUACCUUCAAGUGACACCGCGUCUCUUCCACUGCCGCCCCCCCACUACACCCCCCCCCAGGCACACCGUAUACACAGCAGUCAUACAAGGUCAGCGACAGCUUCCCAUUCAAGUGGAUCAACAAGAAGUGGCGAGAGGGCUUCUACGUGACGUCCAUGCCACUGCUGGCAGCCGCUGGGGGGUGGUUAUGUCCCGCAAUGCCGGCUUCACUGACCAGGUGGUGGAGCUGGACUUUCUGUAUCCCAGCGAGGGCAUUCACAGGCGGUGGGACAUGGGGUAUCGCAUCACAGCCACCUCUGCCACGUGGGACCAGGCUGCCUUCCUUCUCAGUGUGCCGCGCAGACGACCCGCGGAUGAGACCCAGGAGACUCUGAGAACAUCGGCUUGUCCCCAGUACCCAUGUAAAGGGGGGCUUGUGUGGCGUUGCAACCAUGGCAAGUGCGCAUGA